CAACGAUAAGAUAUACACCACUCUCCAACGUCAAUCGCAAACCAAACGGAACAUCAAGGAAACGGGUAUCAUGUCUGAAGCAAAGGAUAAAUCCAAGGUGCACAAGCUCAAGCUGAAAGGUUCGUCGAGGCUGGUUGCCGAGUUUUUCCAAUACUCGAUCAACACAAUCCUGUUUCAGAGAGGCGUUUACCCCGCCGAAGACUUCAGCGCAGUCAAGAAAUAUGGCCUCAACAUGCUGGUCUCCUCGGACGACCAAGUCAAAGCGUACAUCAAGAAGAUUAUGUCACAGCUCGAUAAAUGGAUGGUCGGAGGCAAGAUCUCCAAGUUGGUUGUCGUGAUUACGAGCAAGGAUACGGGCGAGCACAUGGAGCGCUGGCAAUUCGACGUCCAAAUCUUCAACAAGAAGAAAUCGUCGUCCUCCUCCAAGAAGGCAGCAGACCAAGAGAACGCCGCGCCCGAAGGAUCUGAGCCCGCAGCGGAAAAGACGGAGAAGGAGAUUCAAGACGAGAUACAGUCCAUCUUCCGACAGAUUACGGCCUCAGUUACCUUCCUACCGCAGCUGGAGGGCGACUGCACCUUCAACGUGCUUGUCUACGCAGACGCCGACUCCGAGGUGCCAAUGGAAUGGGGUGACAGCGACGCCAAGGAGAUUAAGAAUGCCGAGAAGGUGCAGUUGAGGAGCUUCAGCACGAGCAAUCACAAGGUCGAUACUCUGGUGAGCUACAGGCUCGCCGAGUGAGUGGGAAAGAUUUCGGUUGAUUUGGAGGUUCGGAAGGAUAUAUCAGGAGUAAGGCGUUCUAACAGGAAGGGCCAGGGUGUAAACUUGCUUGUACUACCUAGGUGAAGCAUCAUAUGCUGUGUACCCGGGCAUGAGGGUUGUGGUAUCAUACUACGUUACAGGUGCAAUAUGACUGUGUGCCUCAAUUGCAAACAUAAAUCAUUUAUUCUAGAAACUAUUUUUUGCCU